AUGCACAUAAUCUCUUUCAAAGAUGCAACAAUCGUGUCGCUGACAUGGCCACACCUCCUCGGGGACAUCAUGAGCGUGGCCAGCGUCUCCGAGGCGUGGAGCCUCGUCAUGGCGGGCCGCGAGUCUGAGGUCCCUGCCUUUCUCUCAGCCACGAACGAGGACAUCCUCGAGACCGCCGGUCAGCACCCAGACUUUCAGGACAAGCACAUACUGGAGAACAACCGGCUCGCCGGGGUGUGGUUCUUCAUCUGGCUGGCCCGGUACGUCCUCGACAUGAUCCGCUGGCCCACCAUGGAGCUCCGCACCAUCUUCCUGCCGCCCAAGACGGUGAAGAAGCUCAAGGCCAGGGCGACGAUGGCGAUCAAGGCAGGGCUGCCCGAGGCAAUACCCUCCAACACCGAGCAGGCCACGCCCUUCGUCAGCUCGGCGGACGUCGUCUACGCCUGGCUGGUGUGCAUGGUCGGCCAGGCGACCUUCGCCCUCACGUCCCGGCGCUCGAUCAUGAUCGGCUUCCCCGUCGACAUCCGCGACCGCGCCCCGUCCAUCUUCCCCAGGGCCCAGGCCGAGAAGGGCGUCUGGGUCCAGAACGCAUCGCCGCCGCUCCUCGCCCUCGUCACCGCGCAGGACGUCCACGCCGACCACGCCGUGGCCCGGGUCGCCCAGUCCAUCCGCCACGCCAUCAACACCCAGGGCACCGAGGACCAGGUGCACGCCCUGUACCGCCUGUCGAGGGCGGCCUACGAGAAGCAGGGGCUGCCGCCCAUCUUCGGGGUCACGAACCAGUUCCCCAUAGGCAAUACCAACUGGACCAAGGCGUACCUGCACGACAAGCUCGACUUCAGCCCCGCUGUUGUCGAGAGCGUUGGCGCUGACGCCGCUGGGGGUAAGCGGGCAUCUCCGGCUCGCAGGGGCAGGCCUGCGUACUUCCACGGCAAUGAGCUGAAGCCCCGGGACAAGAGGGAGAACCCUCUCUCCCGAAACAUAAUAUAUACGAUAGGCACUCCCGAGGGUGGCUACUGGGCUAUGGGCAAAUUUCACCCGGUUGUGUGGAAAAGGAUCAGGGAGUCAUUGUCUGAACUUGCGUGA